AUGCUGAACGGCAAGAAAUCAGUCCUCGUCAUUAACGGACCCAAUCUCAACUUGCUCGGUAUCAGAGAGCCGCACAUCUACGGAUAUGAGACCCUCGACGAUGUUGUGAAGGCUGGUAAGGCUCAGGGUCAAGCCGAUGGAGCACACGUCGAUUUCUUCCAAAGCAACUGGGAAGGCGCGGCCGUUGAUAGGAUUCAAGAAGCCCGUACAGACGGUACUGAUGCUAUCGUCUUCAACCCGGGUGGAUGGACACAAACUUCAGUUCCCAUACGUGAUGCCUUGUUAGGAGUAGCCAUCCCCUUCAUCGAGCUCCACGUCGCAAACAUUCACGCUAGAGAAGAGUGGAGACAUCACUCGUACUUUCAUGACAAGGCGACUUGUGUCAUUAUGGGAUGCGGUAUCAAGGGAUACGAAUAUGCCAUCGACAUGAUCAUCAAGAAUGACAAAAAGUUCCCUCCGAAACCUGAUGUUCAAAAGUAA